AUGACUGAUAUAGGUCUACUAUCUUUGAAUGUAAGAGGUCUCAGAGAUAAACCCAAAAGGGACAAAAUAUUUAGAUGGCUUAAAAAUCAAAAGCAAAAAAUUAUAUUCCUUCAAGAAACUCACAGUUGUUUAAGCGAUGAAUCUGUUUGGGCAAGGGAAUGGGGAUCAAAUAUAUAUUUUUCACAUGGGCAAACCAACUCAUCAGGAACUGCUAUUCUUACACGAUGCGAUUUAAUACUGAAUAAGAAAAUUUCUGAUGAUUUUGGCUAUUAUUUGAUAUUAGUUACCGAAUUUUUAAAUUAUACGUUAAUCCUAGUGAAUAUUUAUAGCCCUAUCCCUAACGGCGAUCAAAAAGUUUACUACGAAAAGGUUUCAAAUGAGUUAAUUAAAUUACAAAAUACACUUGAUAGCUGUAUUUUUAUUCUUGGUGGCGAUUUCAAUAACAUUCUUGAUGAAAAUCUCGAUAGGUAUGGUGGAAACUACAAACCAAAAACUCAAGGAAAACAAGAAAUUAUCAAUAUCAUAAACAAUUUUAAUCUUAUAGAUAUUUUUAGACAUUUGCACCCAGACGUCAAAAAAUAUACAUGGCGAAGAAAUAAGCCCGUAAUUCAAAGUAGGCUCGAUUAUUGGCUUAUUUCAGAAGAUAUUCAAGACUUUGUUAAGAAAUCGGACGUUUAUCCCGUUUUCCUUUCUGAUCACUCAUCAAUAAUCCUUGACCUA